AUGUCGGAAGUACUUUAUCGGGCCACAAAGUAUAUGAACGCCGAAGACGCGCUAUUGGCGCGAGAUAAGAGGCCAAAGAAAAGAGAGAGGCAGGAAGACACUCGGCAAGACCAAGGCCAAAAGAAAGCAAGGACUGGAGACCAAAGAGAUGAGAGGCGCCUUAAGCCCCUAGGAGGAAGAUUCACGAGCUUCACUCCAUUGACUGCUCCGAUAGAUCAAGUCCUUAUGCAAAUCAAGGACGAGGAGGCUCUGACGUUCCUGGGAAAGCUGAAGAGCGAUCCUAACAAACGUUCUAGGGACAAACAAGGAAAACUGCAGAAGUUCGUUAGUAAGGAGAAAACGAAUCCACCCCCACAAGACCAACACCCCCGAUGGGAUAAUGAGCAACCUAGGCCCCCGAUAGGGAACAUAAGGAUGAUCGUAGGAGGAACGGCUGUCGCUGGGUCAUCCAAAAAGGCCCGCAAAACCUACUUUCGGAUGGUACAAAAUGUUCAGAUGAUGGGAGUUGUGCCGAAGAUAGCACGAAGAGAAGGCCCCAUAAUCGGGUUCUUAGAAGAGGAUGCACGACGCUUUCACCAUCCAUAUGAUGAUGCGCUCGUCGUCAGCCUACGGAUAGAAGACUACAACAUGCAUCGGGUGUUGGUCGACAACGGCAGUUCAGCAGCUAUUUUAUACUACCCGGCGUUCCAGCAGAUGAGGAUCGACAGGGAGCGAUUAAUUUCGACAAAUGGCCUGCUCGUGGGCUUCGGAGGGAGCCGGGUAUUCCCCCUGAGUACGGUCACAUUAUCUGUAAUGGUAGGAGAUUACCCUCAGCAGAUAACCAAGGACGUAACAUUCUUGGUGGUCGAUUGCUCGUCUGCCUACAACGCCAUCCUCGGACGACCCAUGCUCAAUUCAUGGAAGGUGGUAACUUCGACUUACCACCUAAUGAUUAAGUUCCCCACUGACUACGAAGUAGGGGAGCUGUGCAGAAGUCAGAUGGCCGCGCACGAAUGCUACGUAGCCAUGAUGGAGAUGGAAGAUCAGUUUCAGGCUUUGAGUAUAGAAGAGCACCGGACGCUUUCUCCGCUAAUAGAUCCCAACAACGUGCAGGAAAUAUGCUCCUACAGUAGUUGGACCGCGCUGUUAGUUUCAUACUUGAAAGACGGGGUAUUACUAGACGGAAAGGAGGUUGCAAGAAAACUGAAGGUCCAGGCGGCAAGGACGACGGCAAGGCCACCCACAGGAGAGAUACCGUUCCAACUGACGUACGAAGGCGAAGCAGUCAUCCCGGCCGAAGUUAGGCUCACGAACUACAGGGUGCACAACCAUGAUGAGAACAAAAACGACGAGGCUAUGCGACUACAGCUCGACCUAGUGGACGAGAUCAGAGCAGCAGCAGAAUAA